GAAUCGGACUGCGUAUAGAUCCUGACGGAUAAGAGACGAGGAGGUUAGCCGCCACCUUGCAGAAAACUCCCAAAACAACAACACGCGGCUAAGUCGCGAGAACACACCUUCCGGCCGCCUGCGCACAGUGUCCGUUGAUUGGAAGCUUUCCCGGGUACGAGCAUCGUCCCGAGCGACGGCGGCGGACUGCGAAGGUCGUCGCGUCUCGGUUGGUGAGGGAUCAGCGGGCGAGUCCCCGUCUGGCCGCGCGGAGGGAUCCAUGGGACGGGACGGGAGGGUAGUAGUUGAAGCCGGAUGGCCAGGCGAGUAUUGUUGUUGAGAGCACUGCUCUGGUGUGCGGAUACCUCAACUUCAGUUUGCAGCUUGUCUGGGUCAUCAACACAGAGUUUCAGGACUGGCGGUCGCUGUCUUGAAGCGGAUGCAGCGAGCUGGCCUAGGCAUGGUAGUUGCGCAGCGGGAAAUAAGUGCGCAGAGUCGGCUCAUGACCGACCUUGCUCUUUUGAGUCCGAGUCGCAGAGGGAAGUUGCGCCGUAAUGGAUUCCAGGAUGGAUUCGGGAAGCGACGGGAGAAGCAGGGCAGGGUAAGUUAGGUGCCGCUAUCCAAACGGUGUCAGCACCUCACCGCAGCGAUCAUCUGCAGCAGUGCAGCCUAAUAUAACUCUUCGACUCCACCUCUCCGAUAGCACUUGUACUCCAGCUUCGAAGUACGUAUACGGAGCACGAAGAUGCGACCGAUGAAGGAGGAAGGAUUGCAAAAGGCGAUGUGCAAAGCGUCUCCCUAUCUUCUAAAGGCAAUCAUCCGUAACCAUAAUGGAAAUUACGUGCAACAACGUCCGUGACGCGCAACAUAAACUGCCCCAGGAACCGGGACUUGGGCGUCGAUGUCGAUGCAGUCGGUGUUGGACGGCUGGAGGAGCUGGUCGACAGUGGAGCUAGUGAAACAUCCAGCGCUCCCCACGCUGGGCGAGACAGGAUGUGACAAUGGCGGGUCCAAA